UUAUUACCGUCAUCUAUAUAAGGCAGAGUAGGGCAAAAGCAGUAACCGUUAAGCUCAUUGCCUCUUCCCAUUAUAAAUUUUACUUCCUCUUCUGCCUACUCACGGUAUUCAAUGGCCAAGACACAAGCCAGUCUCCUCCUUCAGAAGCAACUCAAAGAUCUUUGUAAGAAACCAGUUGAUGGAUUCUCUGCUGGUUUGGUUGACGAGUCCAAUGUUUUUGAAUGGAGUGUCUCCAUUAUGGGACCUCCUGAUACUUUAUAUGAGGGAGGUUUCUUUAAUGCCAUAAUGACUUUUCCUGACAAUUACCCUUUGAGCCCUCCAACUAUGAGGUUUACAUCCGAAUUGUGGCACCCUAAUGUUUACCCUGAUGGUAGGGUCUGCAUAUCUAUUCUUCAUCCACCUGGUGAUGACCCAAAUGGCUAUGAGCUUGCAACUGAGCGCUGGACCCCAGUACAUACGGUUGAGAGCAUAGUUUUGAGUAUUAUCUCUAUGCUUUCCAGCCCAAAUGAUGAGUCUCCGGCAAAUGUUGACGCUGCGAAAGAGUGGAGAGAAAGAAGGGAUGAUUUUAAGAAGAAAGUAAGUCGCUGCGUGAGAAAAUCACAAGAAAUGCUAUAACUUAAAACUUUCUAAGAACAUCAUUGGCAUUUCUUGCUGUGUGUACAAUUCAAACUAAGUUUUUGUUUUCUUGCGGCUAUCUUUUACCCAUUUGGCAUUUCUUCAAUAUAAACUUCUAUAUACUUUCUGUGUUA